AUGGGGGUAUGCAAAAAAAAACAGCAAAAUGCUGGAUCGAAUGAAGAUCAAUUAUUAUUUAAAACCUGUACUGAAUCAACUGAAUAUCUUCAUCUAUAUUUUAAAGAAUUAAAGAACCACUUAAUUAAGUUUAAACAAAUUGAAGAAUUAUACAAUUUUUGUUAUUUAAAUUUAGGAGACAUAACAUGUCCUAUAAAUUCAAGAAUAACUUCACUCAAGGCAGUCAAUUUAUCUCUAGUUAUAGAACCUAAAAAUAUUCAGCAUCUGAUUAAUAGUGAAAUAGUUGAAUAUGCAUAUAAACUUUUAAAAAGAAAUAAAGAAGGUGCAAAUACAAAAAAAUCGUUAUCAUAUUUUGGUAAGGGAUCAUAUGAAGAUAUAUAUGCUUUAGUAUUAGAAGCAAAUUAUUUAUUUAAAACCAUUAAACUUAUAAAAAUAAUAAAAAAUUCAAAAGAAUAUAAAUUUAUUGAUAAUAUAUUUAAAAAAAUCCGAGAUAAUAAAAUCGAUUUGUUGGAUCAGGAUAAUUUUUGUAAUACAGAAUUAUUAAAUGAUAUAAAAAAAUUAAAAAACAAAUUAUUAGAUGCUUUAGAUCAAGAAUUUAUAGAUAACAUAAAAAUAAGUGAUUUACAUUCUGAAUACAUAAGAUUAAUUAGCAACGCUAAAGAUAAUGCUAUUAACUUUUUGUACAACGGAUUGUAUAGUAUUUAUUGCAAGACUGUUGAUGAAAUUGAAGAUGAAAAUUUAAAUAUACGACUUGAAUCAUACUUUUCUAGUAUAAACAUUAAAUCAAAUAAAAAUAUAAAUUUUGAUUGGGAUGACAAAAAAGUGAAACAUCAGCUUAAAGGAAAUUUAGAUGGAUCGAAUAAUUAUAAUUUAUCAAACUCAAUAUUAAACCAAACAAAUUUGAAUACAAGUAAUGAUAAUCUAUUAGAUAGCAAAAAUAACAAUGUUAUAGAACAAAAUAUAACAAAAAGUAAUAUGCCUGAAAAAAAUGAUUCCAAAAAAAAAAAUAGAGAGACAAAUAAAGCGGUUUCCUUUAAUAUAACAAAUAAUAAUAUAGACGAUUUUCAUGAAAAUAAAGAUACAAUUAAUAAAGAAGGGGGGGGAGAAGCGCCUGCCAAUAAUAUGUUUAAUUAUGCAGAAAAUAAAAUAAUGAAGACUUUGAAUGAAUCACAAAACGAGUUUGAUAUAAACAGUAUAGAUGAGUGGAGUAAAUUGAAAGAAUUUAAAGAUAGAGGAAACAACGGGAAUGAAAAUGUAUGGAACUGUGUUAUAAAAAAAAGUAAUUUUUAUGAAACUAAAGAAGAUUAUGUAAAUUAUAAUAAAUUUUUCCAAGAAAAAGAAAAUGGGUUGAAAGAACAUACAUUUGGAGAUUUAUUAGGAAUGAAUAAUUAUAUCGAUUCAAAAAAUGGAAAUAAAAAUAAUGAACAUUAUGGAUUAAAUAAAAAAAAUAAUUAUGAGGAACAUAAUAAUUUAAUUAAUGACAAAUUUACAAAAAACAUUUCUUCUAAUAAUACUAUAAUAAAAACUCAUAAUAAUAAUAAUUUGGAUAAUGACUCACAUGUUAAAAGUAAGGAAAAUAUAAUAAAUUAUGAUCCUAAAAAAAAACAAAAUAUAUCAACAUCAUCAAACAAUAAUAGCAACAUAAGUUAUUUUAACAAAUAUUUCACACAAUAUGAUAAUAUAUUCAAUGUACAAGAAGCCAUUUUAAGAAAUAAAUCUCUGUUGUAUUCGGAUGACAAUUUAGAGAUAUUCAUGGAUCAAAACUAUUACGAUGUAAAGGGGCUUAUAAAAUUUUUUUUCAAAAACAAACGUCAAAUCAACUUUUAUGAUUUGGAUAUGCAAAUAUCCAAUAAAAUAUUAUUUCCUUUGAAAUUUAAAUUUGCUCCACAUGAAAAAUUAUUAUCGGCACACUCUACGAAAUGCUAUGAAAUGGCUGUGAAAUGUUCGAGGGUAUACAACGGAUUUCCAUUAAUUAAAAUAUCAUACAGAAUGCAAGAUAUGUUAAGAAAGAACAUCGAAAUCAGAUUGCCCAUAGCAAUAAAUAAAUUUAUGAAAAAAACCAAAAUAACACGAGAAAUUUUUGACAAAUUUUGGAACAAUGAAAAUUUUAAUACAAAUAAAGAAGAGAAAAUAAUUACUAAAGAUGAUAAUAUUAAUAAUAAUACGUUAAUAGAAAGAGCAUGUUUAGGGGAAGCACUAAAUCUAUGUUAUAUAGAAGAUAAAAUUUGUUUAUGUGGGUGCUAUUCUGACAAUUCUAGUGCCAUGGAAAAUUAUUUUGUACUUGUAGGAGUUGAAGUGAUGAAAAGAAAAAUAAAAAUUAUUUGUAAAUCAAAUAAUUCUACCUUAUCUUCAGCUAUAUUAUUUUUAAUUAUAUUAAUGCUUAAGAAUCAUUGA